GUCAUAUUAACGGUAGAUUUGCAACCCUAGACCAAACGAACAGACGUUCGGACUAUUUCAUGGAUUUCAUGCAUUUCACGGGUCCGACACCGAGCGGUCCCCUUUUCGCCCUGAAACGAGGAAUAUCGUAAAGCCAUGACUACCGCGCAUGUUUCCAUUCUCCCGCUCAAACGCUGGUUAGAAUGAACUGGGCUGAGGAGGGCUCUGAAGAAACUUCAUGGAUCUUGUGGAGCCUGAGAAAGAGCACCUGGAGUUUCACAUUGAUCCGGGACAAGUCCCUGCCGAACUUUCCAGCACCGUCCAAGCCAUAAAACAGGCGGCGGAGAAGGUUCUUUUCCGUUGGAAGAAGUUCCCGCUGCGCCUGCCCCCUCCCGUGUUCCAUCUGCCACCGGCUCUCCUGCGGGCCGAGGGUGAAGCGCGGAAGACGCGCACAACUAGCCUGCGAGAUGUCUUCACGAUGCCGAACUUCGAGGAGGCAGACGCCGUGGCGAGAGAUGCCAAGGGGAGAGCUCCGCGGCUGGACCAGACGCAGCUGCGAUCCAUCCGGGAGUGCGGGGAGUUUGAGGUUGCCAGCCGUGCAUUCCCCGGCCGCCAGUACCGCUGGCGCCUCAGCCGCCUGGUGCAGAGCGGCCGCCAGUGCGCCCGGCGCCACUGGCUGCACGACGUGGCGCUCGCGCUCCGCCUGCUCGUGGUGACCGCCCGGAACCGGCUGGACUCGCACUUCCUCAGCCUUCGGGCGUCCUGGGUUGCCCUCACCCGGGCGCUCCUGCUCCUCAUGGACGCCCUGGUGGGCAUGCCCUCCGUCUCGGCGAGCCUGCUGGCCUCUCGGCUCCAGGAGGAGAGGGUCAAGCACCUGGUGGCCGAGCUCACCAUCGAGGCGGACACGGAGAGCCAGCUGGAGCAGUUGUGCCUGUUUGUGCGCUACCAGAUCAAGAGGCAGACCUUUGAGAAGUGCCAUAUGGGAGAAGAGAGGCUUCCUGCUGUGCCCUACGUGUACAAGACUCCCAAGGGGCAGGUCAUCGACCUCCGACUCUACAACACAGAGCUGCUUCGUGGAGCCAUGCCCUUCCUGGUCCACACCCUGGAGAAGGAGCUACGUGGCUGGUUUCCUUCCUUCCGCGAGACCCUGCUAGCCAAGCUCAGAGCCAAGAAGCUGUCGGAUGCUGACAUGGAAAAGCAGGCCAAGGUGGCCGCGGAGGACGAGUACCUCCGCCGGGUCUCGGAGGCCGUCUGCCACGACGCGGGGCUGGAGAGCCUCUCCCAGGGCCUGGGGCGCCUGCUGGCCGACCAGGCCCACGCCGCCAUGCUCACACAGAGGGCGCUGGACGUCGUCAGGGACCGCACCAACCACUACCUCGCUCAGGAAAAAGCACGAUUGGAGGAAGACUUCCCUGUGCUGUCGCUGAUUGGUCCGUGGCUGCGCAGUCACCUCUCGAAAGUGCAAGCGCAGCUGGAGCGGGAGCACGGCCUGGAGGCCCACGAGACGGCCCUGGCCCUGUGCCGGGAGCGGGGCCUGUGGCAGGCGGCCUACUUCCUGGCCCGGGACCUGUCCUUCCUGCGGGAGCAGGCCCCCGCCCUGGAGGCGGAGCUGGCACGCCUCAGGGUGCCCACCCGCUCCUUUGCGUGGCGCACCCAUGUCUGGAGGCCCUCCCACUGGCAGGUGCGUCGCGUGGGGGUGCCGCCGGCGGAGUGCCCCCCUCGGGCGACCGGAGGAGGGGAGACCCUCCUGCUGGGACCGGCAUCCGAGCGUCCCACUUACGUGGUGGAGAAGCAGAGCAGCCGGCUGACCUCCACCCGCUGGGCACUCUGGCGCUGGGGAAACUUCUGCCACCGCACCUGGGCACACACCUGCAACGCCAUGUUCCUGCUUGGGGUGCUCAUCCCGUGGUGCAGCCCAUUGAGUUUAAGGAGCCUUUUUCUUCCUCGACCCUUCAUGCCCGACUUUGAGGUCAACCAAGAAAGCGGGAGGCUGCAGCCUCGCAAGUCCUCGUCCACCCAGACCCUGUGUUCGAGGCUUCACUGGCUCUGGAGGCACAUCUCCAAGUCCAGGACAGACUUUGAAUCUCAGCCGGACUCAGGCUUUGUGGGCAAGGGCCUGAGUCGCCACCUGAACCGGGUGUGGAACUACCUGGUGAAGGGGCUGUGCGGCACCGUGCUGCUGGUGGUCCUCUUCCCGGCCCUCUGCUUGACCGUCUGCACGCUUUCCCUCGUGGCUGCCCUGUUGGCACCCCUCUGGAUGCCGUGCAUGAUGUUGCUGUUUCACUUGGUCAUGGUGUUGGCGUACGACUUCGACUCGCCAAGCCCCGAGCGGAACCGCAUCUGCGUGUUGGGUGAGGCCCUGGUGUGGCAGGGCCUGCUUCAGGGCCUCUUGCAGCCGGUGGCCGCCGCAGUGGUGGCACUGGUGCUGUGUCCGCUGGCGGCCGGAUUGGUUCUGCUGGUGGCUCUGGUGCGCUGGGCUGCAGUCCAGUGUUGGGACGCAGUGCUGUUCCACGCGGUGGUGAAGCGGCGUGCACGGGUGCCGUUGGGAGACAGCUGGAUGGUGAUGCGGGUGGCGGGGCCGGGGCUGUCUCAAGACCACCUGUAUCAGGUGAGUCCGGAGCAGGCCCUGGCAGCCUUCCUGGCCAAGCUGGAGUCCGAGCAGCUGUCCCUUUACGUGCAGCAGACGGAACUCCAGAUCCUCCAGCCCCUGCACACGUACACUCAGUUCGUGGAGCAGUGCUUCGGCCCGUUUGCUGCGACGCUAGCCCGCGACAGGGGGCCCUACAAGGACUUGGAGGCCGAACUGAACAACAUGGUGUCUGCGCUCAAGGCAGAAGUUGACAAGCGCAAGCGCGAGCUCCAGCUGGGUCUUGGGGUGAGCUGCCGGCAGCGGACGCGCAUGGCGGCCUCCGACCUGCAGGGGGCGCUGGCGGCGGGGGCAAACCUGGCGCAGCAGCUCCUGCCCCGCCUUUCUGCAUCGUACUGGAAGGACCGGGGGCUGGAAGAGAAGGACUGGCUCGGACUGGCAGCACAGCUCUACUCUGAAGUCUUCUGCCCAGAGUUCCUGGUACCCCUGGUGGAAGGGGACGUGGCAUUCAGGCUCGAGGCUGUGGACGUGGACCUCUUGAAGUACAGGGAGCUGUCGCAGGUGCACGCGUCGGCUGACCUGGACGUCUCGCGGGUGGUGCACUUCCCCAAAGGCAAGGUGCACUUUCACGCGCCGUACCUGGACUUGUCCGUCUUCAACCCGCAGUCCUCGCUGGCCAACAUGGCGUCGACGAAGACCAAGAGGGCGCCCUGGAAGCGGGAAAGCAGCGCCGGAGAGCGCCCCAGCCUGCCGCCCUCCGUGCCCCACCCGGCCAAGAUCGCUCUCAUCAUCUUCAACAGGGAGAACGAAGACCCAAUCCCGCUCGACUCGGACGCCUGCCAGCAGAUUCUUAGGGCGGUGUGCUGCGGCGGCGGCAACGCGGACGCGGUGGGGAGCAGCGGCGCGAGCAGCAGCAGUCCCUCGGUCAGCCUACAGAUGGCGCCUUCUGCCGAGGACAUCAGCCUCGAACCUAGGGGUCAGCGUGCCACCUACACCCACAGCGGGCCUUACAGCACCUGCGUCUGAGACCGGCCACCAGGGACAGGUCACUCGUGCAAGCCGACUGUGGGCGCCUGGCAACAUUGGCCGUACGACCUUGAGAUUAACCACCGGAGGUUGCCUUGACCACCCGACUUCAGUCGCCGGCCAACAAGGUGCUACGGAGACAUGAGAACACCGGUCUGGGGAUCGAACCAAGGAGGCAAAGAGAAUCGAUGGUCGUUUGCGAGCUCUGCGGGCAACAUUGAGCCAUUUGGAGGGACACCGCAUUUACCUCGGUCGGCUUAAGGCCGGUUCCCGCGUGCAUCUCGGCCCCGAGGUAACACAAAAUCGGCCCUUCGUCGGUGCUACGAUCGGCACCAAUCCAGCGCCGAGCUAUUGCUGCGUUCUGUUUGUGAGUGGAAAAAGACGGGGACACGUGCGGCGGAGUGCCGAUACCACGUCGAUACAUGACGCGUCUCGUUAAUGGGGACACCCCUUUUCCCCGAACAGUCGUCCAUAACGGGAGUCAUCUAUAACAACGAGACGAAAAUGUGUGUUUUUAGACAUUUUGUCCCCGAAAAUCGUGUCUAUAUAGUAACGGGGUAUCCGUAUUAAUGAGAUCCAUAUUAACUAGACGUAGCUGUAUGGCGCAAAGGCAGCGCCGUCUUUAAAGUGCUCAUUUAGUGCUGCGCUCUAUGUGCGAACAGGCCUCUGGAGCUGCGACCCGCGAUCGCUGCAGAUACGGUUGCAUUCGCGUUGCAGCUCUUCCGACAAGUCACGUGGCAGCUUUCUUCGCAAUCUCACCUCAUCCGAGCAGACCGAAUCUAGUGUAACGUCCAGAGGUUCUCGCACUCCUUCGUCGCGAAGGACGCGACGUACGUGGUUGUGGUCGACGUCUAAGCUCGCGGGACGCCUUGGGGCCGCAACGUAUCGCGUCGCACGAAGCAAAGUGCAUGUCGUGGUAGUGCAAGCUCGUUGCUUGGACGUAGGUCAACGAGUCUCAAAGAUGUACCGCUUAGUGCGCUUUCCGUGUGUGAAAUUACCAGUAGGCACGUGACGUCCCGUACCGAACGUUGGCGGUCGGUUUUGUCGGUAUGCCACGUAAAUGUAGUCGUAGUCCCCGACAUUUCCUGUAGGUUUUCGCAUUUUUAUCUUUCUUAGCGAGGCCUCGGGGUGCCCAGCAUUGGCCGUCUGCUGAGUGCUCUGGCGUUAACCUCUCGAUGCUGCCAUUCUGUCAAUGGGGUCCAGAGCUUUUGAGUGUUUGUCUAGAUCUUUUUAAUGUCUAUAAACUGUGCUCACACAAGCAGUAUUGUUUUUUUAAUGGCUUUGGGACGGACCAGCACGGCGUUGUUUUGUGCCCCGUCCCUUCGAGACCAAUUGUGACAUUCUUGAAGGAAAAAAAAAGCUUGCCCAUGAGUGUGUAAGUUGUUUAGGCAUGCUGAAUGUUGCCCCGUUUUUAGUACCUGUUGAUUGAAAGACCUUCGAAUCUCGUGCCAUACUGCGGACGUUCAACGAGUCUUUGGGGUGAAUCCUUGUUCGACUGAGUUUUUGGUGGUGAUGUUGAGCGUUUUUUUGCGCUCAAUAACACCAGUUUGUCGAAUAUGGUUGUCUUGGGUGGGGGGCCCUUCCUGGACUUUAAUGGGCUGCUUUGUUGCACAGCCUGCUUCGGAAGAAAUGGACAAAGUGGACGGGCGUGUUAAUGUUAUGCAAAAGUCUUCUAAUUGUAGUUUACUGCAUGCACUGGAAGGUUUACUAUUUACGUUUUUUGGGAGGUUAGACUACAGCAUAGCAAGGCAUGGUGAGGCACAUGGUCCUCCCAUGCUCGAAAUCUUUUGCGAGCAUUUUUGAUUCUCUAAAUGUGGAAAAUUCAGGUUUGGUUGUACUAACUAUAAGUGGCGAUAUUUCGACGAACAAAGGCAAACAAUUUGAGUAUUACGAAUCGGCACAAGACGACACGAACGAGGGUGCUUUCCAGGAUUGUCCCGUGAACUUUGUUUGUUGCUUAUGAACUGGUUUUAUGAAUUUGUUAGUAAUGGUGAAGCCCAAAUCUUCCACUGCUCUAAUGCCAGCUUGUAACUGCUCUACCAAUGGCUGGCCUCCCUGACGAGCACCUUGUCUGGGAAAGUUUAAAAGUGUGUGUGAGGGUAACCAAGUAUAGUGCGCCUGCAUACCUAACUAGUAACUGCUGAUGUAACAAUUGCACUUGGUAUAACAGGUGUAAUAAUACUAAAUGAGUUUUGUUGUGCUUUUAACAGAGUAAGCUUGAGAGCUUACUGAAAUGCUGUGUUAAGUGUUAGCAUCUACUAUCUAGAGCUUUCUUUUCUCGUAAAAAAUUCCAACUAAUAUGUGUGAAGUUAGGUCAUUUUUGGGGCACAUAUUUGGACAGUCCAACUAAUUGAUUGUCAUCUUAGAUGUUUUAACUUUUUACUAUGUGUAUUUAUUUUCGAGAGAAGUGACGCAGGACCCUGCAAACAUUUAGAGCUGAACGAACUGGGAGAGGAAAAUCUCUAACUUGCUCUCGACGUGCAAAGAUAGACGGAAGGCUUCAAUUGUAGCAGCCUUUUUUUCUGUAGCCUCGGUCUUUGGCAUCUCGGUCAUCUUUUUUCACUUUGCCACGCUAAGCACGCACUUUCAACAACUUUUAUGAACCUUCAGUUAAUCGGAGACAAAGUUGAGAGAGUCCACCACCCACGUAGCGUGGGAAACGGAAACGGCACCUUUCAUUUUCUGGAGAGCGAACACUCGCACAUAUCACAUCGCUUUGAGGUAGUGAUUGCUGCAUUCUGAAGUUGCUGCGUUCCAGCGUCAUGUUGCGUAGCAUGCUUGGGUUUAAAGGUUGACUAGCACAAUGCAGGCGCAUGGUCCCUUUUGAGCUAGCUCCUAUUUCUACAAUUGCCUCCGACGAAAAAGAAACGACAACAAAACUAUCAGUCUGAAAAAAAAUGCAGGUGAGCUGGUAAACUAGCUCCAUAAUGAAAAACUCGAGACCGGGAACAGAAAACAAAAAUUUGACAAGCACACACAUCGUCUUCAUAGAAAAAAAAACAAAAAAAACGGACAAGUGCACACAUUAUCAUAUUACCAAUCUGUUUUUUAGUAAUGAGGUGUGUAAGCGGUGAAAAAAGUCUGUAACUAUAAAAAACUUUCAAACAGCACGAAUAGAUUGAGGAAAUUUUCGGAGAGUUUUGAAACUGUGGCAGACUCCCGAAAAUGCACUCGACGCACUAACACGUUUUACAGUAAAACAAGGGAGUUUGUCGGUGACAGGUUUUCACCCGCUUCGUCCGAAGCCAACGUGUACUAAGCCAACGUCUUGGCUUCGGAAGUUUUUAACAUGCACAGUCACAUACUCCGUUCAAACCGCAUCCGACCUCGGGACUUCGUCGGUCGGUUCGACGAGUCCGGCGUCGAACAAUGCACACUGUAGUGUCUUUUCUUUUGUACGGCGUGUGAACGUCCUGCACCUAGCAAUAUACACGUGCUCGUGCACACUAACCCGGGUCCCCUAACAACAUCUCGCGAUCUUGUGUCGGUGUGCGUACAAUCCCCCCUUUUUUUUUUACCAUAAAUGUAUAUAAUUUUUUCUAUGCUGUGGAUUAAACAGUGUCUUU